GUACCAUUGACAGCCAAUAUAUUACUGUCGUUUACAGUCCUGUGGUGACGCCCCUGUUUCCCCGUGACAUUCACGGCCAAUACUACGACCUGCUGAGGUUGUUUGAGUACGGUGGCUUCCCGCCCGAGUCCAACUACCUCUUUCUGGGCGACUACGUCGACCGAGGGAAACAGUCGCUGGAAACCAUCUGCCUCCUGCUGGCAUACAAGAUCAAAUACCCCGAGAACUUCUUCCUGCUGCGCGGAAACCACGAGUGCGCCAGCAUCAACCGCAUCUAUGGCUUCUACGAGGAAUGCAAGCGGCGCUACAACAUCAAACUGUGGAAGACGUUCACCGAUUGUUUCAACUGUCUGCCGGUGGCGGCAAUUGUGGACGAGAAGAUCUUCUGCUGCCACGGCGGCCUGUCGCCCGACCUGCAGAGCAUGGAACAGAUCCGGCGCAUACCGCGGCCCACAGAUGUGCCCGACCAGGGCCUGCUCUGCGACCUGCUCUGGUCCGACCCCGACAAGGACACGAUGGGCUGGGGCGAGAACGACCGAGGCGUCUCCUUCACCUUCGGAGCAGAGGUGGUGGCCAAGUUUCUUCACAAGCACGACUUUGACUUGAUAUGUCGCGCUCACCAGGUGGUGGAGGACGGCUACGAGUUUUUCGCUAAGCGGCAGCUGGUCACGCUGUUCUCGGCGCCCAACUACUGCGGCGAGUUCGACAACGCCGGCGCACUCAUGUCCGUCGACGAGAGUCUCAUGUGCUCCUUCCAGAUCCUGAAGCCGACAGACCGGAAGAAGAUGUACGGAGGCGUGAACGCCGGCCGGCCGGCCAUCCCGCCCAGGGGCGGAUUCCCGGGCGUGAACAAAAACAAGAAGAAAUAGGCGGCGGACGGUGGGCAGCUGCGGCGCGGCGACGGUACGGUCGCCGACGCCGCUUUGUUAGUCUUUACCGGGUGGGAGGGAGACCCUCAAUGCGCGCGCUGUCUAAGCGCAGCGCGGCGCGUCUUGCGCAAUGUGCGCCGCGCGCGUUGCUAGGUUUCGAGAUGACGGUGUGCCGCGGAGGCCGGCGAGUUUUACGUUUGACCCGCGGCGGUGCGCGCGCCGCCGCCGCGCGCGCGCUGUGUCGUGUCUAGUGCUCAGCGUCCUGUGGUGCGUCUGGGCUGGGGCUGGCUGUCUCAGUCGCUAGCUGGCGCAGUACAAACCGUGUCUAUCUCCGGAGCGGCAGGGCGCCAUGUCAGAUGGAUAAUAUACAUACUUCUCGAGUCGA